CUAACUUCGAAAAAAAAACAAUAAGUGCAUAAGUAUAAUUUGAUGACUUCCAACCUAAAGUGCAUUGACAUCACCAAUUUGUUUUAAUCAAUCAUUAGUCAAGGCCAUUUUUGCGUAGAUUUAAAAAUCAAAAUUCCGCAUUAAACUCAAUCUUUAACUAUUUCUCAUAUUUGUUCAAAAUACACACAUUUAUUUAACAAGUGAAAUAAUAAUAAAAUGAAAUUAACUUUUAAUAAUAAUAAUAAUUUUCAUCUGAAUAUAUUACUUUCAUGGCUUACAUGCUUUGUUUUAAUUAUUCAUGGUCAAUUAAUGCAAACAAAUACAAAUAGGACAUUGCAUACAAUGAAUUUUACAAAUCAUACCGGUAAAACUAUGUCGAAUGUUUCAGUGAAGGCGAAUAUGUCAGCAAGCGGUCAUCUGGUAAUAGAAGCUGCAAAAUUCACAAUCACUGACUUAUCUCGUCAAGGUUAUUCCCUGUCAACUGAAAAAGCUAAACACCACACACACUAUGCAUCGCCAUCACCACAUCAUGGUGAGUUUACACAUAAUUAUGAUCAAUAUUUCGAAGGGAAUCCUGUUAGUAAUCAUAAGCCAAAAGAUGUAGAAGAUUGGAUAUUACCAUCAGAAUGGAUUUAUGAACAGCUGAAUGAUUAUUUAACUUGUAUUUAUGAUAAACAAGUGAAUUGUGAGGAACAAUUUGUAACGAAAUUACAACUUAAAUUAUUAAAGAUUAAAAAUGAUAAAAAGAAACAAAGGGAAGCAUCUGAAAAGCAUCAGACUACACCGCAUAGAUCAUUUUUGAUGUCCCCAUCAUCUGCUGCACCAAAAGAUCAUGCGACUGCAUCAAUCCCAUUUGGUACACACACACAAUAUCCUACAUUAUCGUUUAAGUUUGGUCCGCGGUAUAAACCGGAGGGCAGAGAUCAUGAGUCACAUUCACAUCCUGAACGAGGUGAACAUGAUUUAUCACAAUAUAAUAAACGUGAAACAACUUUUGAAAUACAUAGACAUUCUGACGGUCAUGGUAGACCAGAAAAGACACAUGAACAACACUCACAUCCACAUCACAGUCAUCAUGAACCCCACCACCAUCCUCAUCAUGAUCACCAUCAUUCUUAUCCUGCUCCACCGCCACCACCCCCAUCACCACCAUCGAUGUCGGCACCACAUCCUCACCAUCCACCACCACCACCGCCACCACCACCACCACCCCAUUAUCAACCUUCAACACAUUCACAUCAUGGCUCACUUACUUCAUAUACUAUACUUAAAAAAUUAGCCAGCCUUAUUCCUAUGAUUGGUGGUGAGGAGAAACCAGACGCAUCGUCUUAUUACAAUCGUUACAGGGCAGAAUAAAAAUCGGCGUCAACAUCAUCAUCAUCAUCAUCACCAUCACGGAGGUCAUAGAUGGGAUGACAAUCUUUCUCUUCUUCUUCUUUUUCUUUGCACAGGAACUUGUUUCUCUUCAGAACGAGGUAUCAUCGUCAUUUUCGUUGGUUUAACUGUAUCUUUAACACUCUAUGUAGUGGGUGAGUAAUGAAUAAGUAAUGUUAGAGAUUUCUUUCUAUCCCUACUACACUCCUUCUACACCUACUACUACUAUUACUAAUACUUCUAUAAAUAUAACACUGUUAUUUAUAAUAUUAGUGAUAAUAAAU